AUGCUUGCUGCCGGUCUUUCAGCCCCGUGUUGGCCUAGCAGUUUAUCAGCGGCCCGCCACGCCUUCGCGCUGACGAGAAUCGAGGAUCAUCGAGGGGCGCGGAUCCGCUUAUGGUCGGGAAGAAGUCGCGCCAGCAGCGGCGCGGUGGCAGCCCGCAGCGGUUGGUGUCAAAGCGGUGCGAGAGAACUCGGAGGGCUGCGGCCAGGCGCGCGGCUCGUCGGGCCGUCUCGGCGCAGCAGUGCUUCGCCGGCUGCGUGCCGGGGCGUCCUCGUCGGGCUCCCGGCGGCGCGCUCCAGCGCCGCCGCGGCGUGGUGUGCCCGCCCAAGGGAAGAGAAGAUUUCCAGUGCGCCUUUGAAGGACGAAGGCACAGACUCGACAUCGCCGGUGUCAAGCCUUCAGGAACUCUCGGUUACUGGCAACGGCGCGGGCUGCCAGUGGGCAGCAAGGUGGUGA